AUGAAGUUCUCUACGGCUUUUGGUGCGGCCAUGACCGCAACCUCUGUCAACGCAGCGGUUCUUCAGCCACGCCACUACCUCUUCCCUAGCAUCCAGGGAACCUCGGAUUGGUCUUCGGUCCGCCAGACAGCCAACUUCCAAAGCAACGCAGGUGUUUCUGACGUUUCUUCUGGUCUGAUGCGAUGCUACACCAGCAGCAACAGGGGUGCUGCCAACACCCAAUCUGUCGCCGCCGGAAGCACUGUCAGCUUCAAGGCGAGCCCCAACAUCUUCCAUCAAGGUCCUUUGCAGUUCUACAUGGCCAAGGUACCAAGUGGACAAACGGCGGCCACAUGGGACGGAAGCGGCAACGUGUGGUUCAAGAUCUACACCGAGCCUGCAUCAAGGGCCAAUGGAGGACUCAGCUGGGCAAGUUUGAAUGCGGGAACCGUCAGCGUUAAGAUCCCCAAUGCCACCCCCGAUGGCGAGUACUUGCUCCGCAUCGAGCACAUUGCCCUGCACCAGGCCAGCCAGCCGAACGGAGCACAGUUCUACAUCUCCUGCGCACAGAUCAAGGUUACUGGCGGUGGCAGUGGAAACCCCAGCCCCUUGGUCGCCAUUCCUGGCGCUUACAAGUCCUCAGACCCAGGAAUUCAAAUCAACAUCUACAACACCGCCUCCAACUAUAUCGCGCCUGGCCCCGCUGUCUGGAGUGGUUAA